UGAACAUGUAUCGAAUUCAUGUGAGAAUGAGACGUUCGCUACACGGCGGCCAACGCAGAACUUCUACCAACAUGAAGGAGUUUUCUCGUCAUGGAGCUCUCUGCACCUCAACCACACGCACGGGCAGAAGCCGUGCACUCGCCGGCGAUUCACUUGCACGCUACAGUCCAAGCUCAGGAAGUUGUCGAGACUCGAGACGCGGAGGCUGGCGCGACGCCGAAAUAAAAAACCUAAGACACUCUGGCCAGCCAUUUCUUGUCUGACAGGCCGCUUGUCAGACUCCAGGCACUGGUUCGCGUCAGACAUGAUUCCCCGGAUGCAGCAUAUAGAGAGGUCCUCCCACUCCAACCUUGAUGCGCUCUCAACACUCCUCGCAUUAUGCUUCGUCGUGCCAGCAACUUUUUCGCCCCUGCUGAUGCAGAUGAUGUAGAAGCAAAGGAGGCUCGGGAACGACAGAAGCGAGCUCAACGUCUGCAACAGCGUCGCAGUCAGACUGUGCAGGGUGCCUCGAGGCUUUUGCCGCGCAGCCCACAGUCGACCAGCUUCAGCAUGUUUGAUAAUGCUCCUCCUGUUGCUUCAGGUGCCACUGAAUUCGACAGAGAGUACGAGACGAAGGGAAAAGGUCGUCGACAGUUGAAUCCAAUGGGGGAAGCAAAACAGCGAGAGACUGAGGCUGAGGAAGACAGGAUUGAUCGUUUGGCUGAGAUUCGAGGCAUCAACCGUGCUCAGGCCAAAGUCUUGCUGGCUCAGAAUCCUGGUAUCAAGCUCACUCCUAAGACUGCUCUGGAAGCUCCUCGUCCCAAAUCGUUCGCGGGUACACAAAGCUACGCCGGGCAGCCUAUGUAUGCUCCACAGCCGCGCUAUGCAACAGCUUCUUCGACUCGCCCAUCGUAUGUUGCAAGUCCUCCACUGCAAGCUAGUUCGCAGACCGCGUCGCCGCAAUCUUUCCACGAUGCGGCGAGCUCGCCCGUGCAGCGAUCGCAUGCCGGACCAUCAUCUCCACGCUCCAUCAAUCGUGGCAGUCCCGCUCAACAGCUUGUCCGUUCUGCGAGCGAGGAAAGCAUCACGAUCGCUCCACCUGCUCCUGUCACGCCGCCUGCAAGGAUUGUCUCUACUGCCAGCCCUUCGCUGCCCGUUCUGGACUUUAGCAGCCCGCGCACUGCACCGACACCCCCAAGUCUGCUCCGCAAGGAAGUGUCUGACUCGCCAGCUUUGUCUCUCUCUGCUUUUGGCUUGAACAAGUCGCCAGCAUCGUCCAUAAACGAGACUUCGUCUGCCAAUUACUCAUUCUCUAGCCAUGGUGUGCCGAGCAGCCGAUACGGUCUCGGCGUGGCACUUCCACCAGCGCAAGUCAUUACAGUCGGCGGCGGCUUGCCUGACGAACAUGUGCAGCCAUACAACGAGUCGAUGAUCUAUGACGCUGUCGCGCGGGCGCGUUAAGCAUAUAUCAUUUCUCGAAUUCUAGCGCUGCAACAGCUUCUCUUUCUUGUAGUU